AAGACUGUCCUGUCCCUGCCCCGGUUCCCAGGGGAGUUCCUGCACCCCGUGGUGUAUGCCUGCACUGCCGUCAUGCUGCUCUGCCUUCUCGCCUCUGCAGUCACCUACGUCGUGCACCGGAGUGCCAUCAGGAUCAGCCGGAAAGGCCGGCACACACUCCUCAACUUCUGCUUCCACGCAGCCCUGACCUUCACCGUGUUCGCUGGUGGCAUCAACCGCACCAAGCACCCAAUCCUGUGCCAGGGGGUGGGCAUCCUGCUGCACUACUCCACACUGUCCACCAUGCUGUGGGUCGGAGUGACUGCGAGGAACAUCUACAAGCAGGUGACCAAGAAGGCCCUGCCAUGCCCGGGUGCAGACCAACCGCCAUACCCCAAGCAGCCCCUGCUCAGGUUCUACCUCAUCAGUGGAGGCGUCCCCUUCGUCAUCUGUGGGGUCACUGCUGCCACAAACAUCAGGAAUUAUGGGACCGAAGAUGAAGACACAGCCUACUGCUGGAUGGCCUGGGAGCCUAGCCUGGGCGCUUUCUACGGCCCCGCUGCCUUCAUCGUCCUGGUCACCUGUGUGUACUUCCUUGGCACCUACAUCCAGCUGAGACGCCACCCGGAGCGCAGGUACGAGCUCAGAGAGCGCUCGGAGGAGCAACAGCGGCUGGCGGUGCCUGAGGGGGGCCACCGCCACGGGGCGCAGCCCUGCACAACGCCUGCCUGUGACCCACUGGCCGCCUCGCAGCUGCAGAAUGAGCACUCCUUCAAGGCCCAGCUGCGGGCUGCGGCCUUCACACUGUUCCUCUUCAUGGCCACCUGGGCCUUCGGGGCGCUGGCUGUGUCUCAGGGCCACUUCCUGGACAUGGUCUUCAGCUGUCUGUACGGCGCCUUCUGCGUGACACUGGGGCUCUUCGUGCUCAUCCACCACUGUGCCAAGCGGGAGGAUGUGUGGCAGUGCUGGUGGUCCUGCUGCCCCUCCCGUGGGGACGUCCCCCAACAGCCCAGCACACACCCCACGCUCGAUGCCAACGGGGACGUGCUGGGGCACAUGGCCUGCCUGCAGGACUCACCGUGCCCUGGCCAGGCAAGGGGCUUCAGCCACCCAGCACCAGGCCACUGCAAGAUGACCAACCUGCAGGCCGCCCAGGGCCACGCCAGCUGCCUGUCGCCAGCCACCCCCUGCUGUGCCAAGAUGCACUGUGAGCAGCUGAUGGAGGACGAGGCCCACAGUCACAUGCCUGAGGGAGAGGCCUUCCUACAUGAGCCCCACCUGCACAGGUGCCUCGAGGGCAGAACUAAGCCCCACUACUUCCAGCCUGCUGCCUCGGCCCCACGGGAGUACGCCUACCACAUCCCAUCCAGCCUGGACGGCAGCCCCCACAGCUCCCGCACAGACAGUCCCCCCAGCUCCCUUGAGGGCCCGAUGGGGGUGCACACUCUGGCUUGCUGCACCCCAGGCGACCCCUUCCCCAUGGUCAGCCAGCCUGAGGGCAGCGACGCCAGCUCUGCCCUCUAUGGCUGCCCACCACGGCUGCCUCCAGGCCCAGCCCACUUGGAGAUGCUCCGCAGGACACAGUCCCUGCCCUUCGGAAGCCCUGGCCAGAACGGGCUGCUCAAGGGUGACAUCCGAGAAGGCCUGCCGUUCAGCACUGAUGGGACAGGCAACAUCCGGACGGGGCCCUGGAAAAAUGAAACUACAGUGUAA